AAUCACAUAAUGGACUUCUGGAAUCUGGCAAUGAGAAUUCUUUUCUUAUCAAAAAUUUCAACUGGAAUAUUGGGAAAUUCCUCUCUAAUUUUCUACUAUCUGCUCCUUUACUGUAGAGAAUGCACAUUAAAACCCACAGAUUUGAUUCUCAUGCACCUAAUGGCAGCCAAUGCCUUCAUCAUUCUCUCUGCAGGAGUGCCCCAAACAAUGGCAGUAUGGGGAUUUAAACAUUUCUUGGAUGACUUUGGAUGCACGCUCCUAUUGUACAUUCAAGCAUUUGUUAGGAGUGUGUCCAUUGGCAUCAUCUGCCUCUUGAGUGUGUUUCAGGCCUUGACCAUUAGUCCCAGGAAGUCCUGUUGGAAGGAUCAAAAAGUCAAAGUUGAGAAGAACGUUGGCUGUCACAUUUUCCUCCUCUGGGUCAUGUACAUGUUGAUACGUUUCAUUCCUAUUGCAUACACUUUUGUCAACAGGAACAGCAAAAAUGUGACAAGAAGACGAGACUUUGCAUACUGUUCCAUUGUAGUUCAAUAUGAAAUUUCUGAAUAUCUCUAUGCAGCACUGGUGGUGCUCCCUGAAGUCUUCUUUUCUGUGCUCAUGGCCUGGUCCAGUGGAUCCAUGAUUGUCAUUCUUUACAGACAUAAACAGAGGGUCCAACACAUCCGUAGCACUCAUGGUUCCAGCAGAAAUUCCCCUGAAUCCAGAGUUACCCAGAACAUUCUGAUCCUAGUAUCUACCUUUCUGGCUUUUUAUACUUUCUUCUCCAUCUUAAGAGGCUUCAUUAGUCUUUUGUAUUAUCAAAAUUGGUGGCUGAUAAACAUCAAUCGCUUAACUUCUCUCUGUUUUCCAUCUUUUGUACCCUUUUUUCUCAUGUAUCAUUAUUCUAUUGUAUCCAAACAUUGUUUGGUAUGGAUAAGGAAUAAAAAGAAUAUAAUCUCAUUUUAA